AUGGCCAUACUAUUGACAUAUUUGCGAACAGCAUUGAGCCCGUUAAUAUUUAUCCUUCAAUUAUUAUGGAGGAUUUUUUGGUCUGGAUUAAAUGAAAAAUCCAUUAUAGGCUUAGUCUUAAAUUUUUGGAUUAACUUUUCACCAGUCUUUAUAUGGUUAUUGAUAUUUAAAAAUGCUGGAUUAAUACCUCAGAAGAUAAGACCACCAAUUUUCGUUAAAUUUGCUUAUAGAACUGAAAAUUAUUUAUUUAAUAUUAUAGAUCAUACUUUUAUCAACCUUAUUUUCGUUUCAGCUUUAAUUGGUGGAUCAUAUUUAUUAUAUUUAAAAAUCUAUAGAUCAAUCGAUGAAACUUUAGAGUUAAAUGAAUUCAAUUCUGAUAGAAAUUUGGCAAAAAGUGGAAGUAACGAUGUAAAUACUUCAUCUGAUACACUCGCAUCAAGAUCUGGCCAAGAAGAUGAAAAUGAAGAAGAAGAGAACCAGUCCUCCCAUUUUAUGGAUCUUGUCUAUUUCAAACAUAGAAGAUAUAUACCGAAUAAUAGCAAAUUACAGUAUAUCAUAAACAAACGAAAAAGUAUCGAAAAAUCUUCAAAUCCAUACCGUCCAUUAAAUAGUUGGUAUUUAUCAGCACCAGCAUUGCUUGCAUUAAGUUGGUUUCUCCUUAAUUUCGUAUACGCCUUAAGAGUGCCAAUUAAAACUUAUAAGGAUCUAAUUGCUUGGUUUUCAUAUGUUAUUUGUCAUUUCUGUGCUCCAUUAUUCACGGCUAUUUGGUUAUAUGUGUUUCAUGCCCCAGGUUCUCUUAAAUUAUUCUCCAUUGCUUUGGGAGUACAAAAUAUCUGUGGUGUAAUGACCCAUCUUUUAUUUCCAAAUGCUCCACCUUGGUUUAUUCAUCUUUAUGGUGAAGACAAAGAAGCCAAUUAUGAUAUGCCUGGUUAUGCAGCUGGUUUAACUAGAGUUGAUGUAGCCAUGGGUACUCAUUUACAUUCCAAGGGAUUCCAUAAAUCGCCAAUUGUAUUUGGUGCAUUACCAUCCUUACAUUCAGCCAUGGCAGUCAUGGUAUUCUUCUUCCUCAGUUACUAUUCGCGUUGGUACUCGGUUAAGAUUUUAGGAUUUUGUUUUGUAGUUUUACAAUGGUGGGCCACCAUAUACUUAGACCAUCAUUGGAGAUUAGACUUGAUUGUCGGAAUGGGUUAUAGUAUAAUAGUAUUUACUAUAUUACAACGUUGGAUAAAGAGAUGUGAUGAGAGAUUUAUGAAGAAUAGAUUAAAAGGUGAACGGGUUGGAUCAGAAACUAUGGGUAUGAGAGUAUUCAAAAAUACAUGUAUUGAGUUUUUCUUUGAUCCUUUAAGUAUCAAUUAA